UCUCAGCGCAUUUAGGAAGUGAAGCAGCACAAGAAGGCUGCACAGUCCCCAGCAGCCCAGACUUACUUCCUCCCCACGGGGGCCGGGCCUGCGGGGCAGGCAGGAAGGACCUGUCACCAGCAAGGUGACACAUUCUGCCCGGCCGCCAGAGCGGCAGCUGGACCGGCAGACACGGGCGCAGCCACCGCUCCGGGGGCUUCGGCAUGGACCUGUGCCGCCCAGAGUCCGCCGAGCUGAGUAGCGAGGACGCAGAGGAGCUGCAGAGGAUCAAAUGGCACCGCAAGCAGCUGCUGGAGGACAUCCAGAAGCUGAAGGACGAGAUCUCGGAGGUGUUUGCCCAGAUCGACUGCUUCGAGGGCUCUGAGGACAGCAGGAUGGCGCAGAAGGACAAGGAGCUGUGCAUCGGGCGCAAGAAGUUCAACAUGGACCCCGUGAAGGGCAUCCAGUAUCUCACCGAGCACAAGCUGCUGAAGCCCAGCGCCCAGGACAUCGCCCAGUUCCUGUACAAGGGCGAGGGCCUCAACAAGACGGCCAUCGGGAACUACCUGGGGGAGAGGGACCCCCUCAACCUGGAGGUCCUCCAGGCCUUCGUGGACUGCCAUGAGUUCGCCAACCUCAACCUGGUCCAAGCUCUCAGGCAGUUCCUGUGGAGCUUCCGGCUGCCCGGCGAGGCCCAGAAGAUCGACCGCAUGAUGGAGACCUUCGCUGCCCGCUACUGCCUCUGCAACCCGGGUGUCUUCCAGUCCACAGACACCUGCUACGUGCUGUCCUUCGCCGUCAUCAUGCUCAACACCAGCCUGCACAACCCCAACGUGCGCGACCGGCCGCCCUUCGAGCGCUUUGUGUCCAUGAACCGGGGCAUCAACGGCGGCGGGGACCUGCCCGAGGAGCAGCUGCGGAACCUCUUCGACAGCAUCAAGAGCGAGCCCUUCUCCAUCCCCGAGGACGACGGCAGCGACCUCACCUACACCUUCUUCAACCCGGACCGGGAAGGCUGGCUGCUCAAGCUGGGGGGCCGGGUGAAGACCUGGAAGCGACGCUGGUUCAUCCUCACCGACAACUGCCUCUACUACUUCGAGUUCACCACUGACAAGGAGCCCCGAGGAAUCAUCCCCUUGGAGAACCUCUCCGUGCAGAAGGUGGACGACCCCAAGAAGCCGUUCUGCCUGGAGCUCUACAACCCCCGCUGCCGAGGCCAGAGAAUCAAGGCCUGCAAGACGGACGGUGACGGCAGGGUGGUGGAGGGCAAGCACGAGUCCUACAGGAUCUCCGCAGCCAGCGCCGAGGAGCGCGACCAGUGGAUCCAGGCCAUCCGGGCCAGCAUCACCCGUGUCCCCUUCUACGACCUGGUCUCUGCCCGGAAGCAGAAGAUCGCCAGCAAGCAGUGAGCGGCCAGCGAGGCGGUCAGGGAGACCCCCUCCCACCUUUCCCGGCCUCGGGCGCCCCCGUCAUCUCAAGCUGACUGCAAGAGGAAGACAGAGCUCAGGGGCCAGGUGGGGCCCCCAGAGGGCACAGAACCCACCUCGAGGUCCUGGCACCCAGCGGCCCUGCCCCUCAGGUCCACGGCAGUAGAGCUGAGGAGAACAAGAACUGCGGCUCCUCUCAGGACUCUUCACCCUCCAAGCAGGGGGCCCUGGCUCCCCCGCCCUCUUUGGGGUGUCUCUGCGAGCCCCCAUCCUGUUUGGGCUCAGCCCUCCUUGCUGGAGCAGAGCUCAGCAUGCACGGCCUGGACUCCAGGCCAGGACACGGGACGCCGGGAGCCCCUUCCCCGUGGCUCGGAUCCUCUCUGGCCUCUGGGUGGAGGCAGUGUCCGAGCCAGUGUGGGACCCAAGACUCAGGCCUGGAGGGACCUUGGCCAGCAGCCCCAGGGUGGUGAAGGCAGCGGGGCGGGGUGCAGCACCCCAGCCUUCUGCAGCUGAAUCAAAACCCCAGGCAACGCUAACUCGGGGAGGCCCCACUGCUCCGAGGUGCAUCUGACUCUCUCACCCGGGCCCAGCGUGCCCCCGGUGGGGGAGAUUUCUGGACAACAGGAAAUGCCUCUGCCCGGCGGCCAGGCUGAGUGGCCCGGAAUAGGGGGCAGAUUCCCCCGGGGAACAGCGGGUCACCAGGCAACUGCCCUCCUUCCCAGCCCCACACCCGGGUCAGGAUGGAGAUGCCACCCAUCCGAGGGUGAGCCCCGUCUCCGGGGGUGGGCGUGCAAGAACCUGGUGGCUGGGUUGCUCCAGGUGAGGCCCAGCUGGGCGUCUGCAGGAGGAGGCCGAGGCGGACACUGGGAGAAGUGAGCUGAGGCCACGGUGGCUGCUCCAUUCGGCCCAUGAAUGGGCACCGGAAGUGCCGGAAGGAGCACUGGGCGGGAGCCUGGGCCCUCGAGGUCCUCUCCUUGUCCUUAGUCCACUGCUCCUGUGUCCGGCCCUCAGCUUCCUCCCCAUCCCUGAGGGCUUGGUACCCACACGAGAAGCUGCGGGUCACUCUGAAGACAGAAUAAAGUGCACGGUCUA